UCUGGAGGACCCUACGCUAGCAUUCAUCGAACAGCAUUUCCUCAUCGGAUAAACAUGUACUAUCCGAAUGGAUUCCCUGUAGCGGUGGUAUGGUAGCCUCGAGGCAUGAGGCCUUGCGGCCAUGAGGCUUAAUGCUGAGUUAUAGUACGUGCGACUGCACCCUUUAAGAGAGGAGCUAAUUGAACAGACAUACGUAUCAGCUUCAUCAUGACCCUCUUAGCAUUGACUAUCAUAUUACUGUUACACAUCCCGUUUGUUUACUCCUCACUGCCGAGCCUCAAUGAUACCAGUGUCACUACACUCGACGUCAGUAGCCCUUCAUCCUGCAGUAACACCAGGUCCUUGUGGGACAUCAUCUGGAGUUGCGCUGCGACUCUAUUUGCGUGUACAUGGACUGCAAUUCACCCAAACAUUCCAGGUAUGGACGAGGGGAAAUUCGCUGUUUUCUCUCGUCGCCUAGGCAUCAUGAUGACGGCGCUGAUCGCCCCAGAACUCAUGGUCACUUUGGCCACUAUGCAGUUUCUGAGUGCGCGUGACACUGCAAAGGCCUUCAAUGACGCCUUUGGUGUGAAACUUCACCAGGCCCGCAACGACCAUUCAGACAUAGGAGUUCACGAAACCCGCCGCGACUGUGCAGAUAUGGGAGAGAGUACAGCUACGUUGCUUAAUGAAAUUCCAAUAUCAGAUAGAACCAACAGCCCGCAUCCGAACGCUCCGCAUGUUGCAAGUCGCGCUUUUAUAGAGUGGACGGUGACGCAUGGGUUUUUCGCGUGGAUGGGUGGAUUCAUGCUCUACUUCAAUGACAAGCCGCGAGCUACUCUUACACCCAAGGAGCUUAAGCGCUUUGUUAGUGAGGGCUCCGUGGAAAUGCCCAUCAUCGUUGAGGCAGACAUAGAGGAUCGAAGUAAAGGUGACGCAUUAUCCAAAGGCAUCGCCAUUCUUCAGCUGGUGUGGUUCGUCCUCCAGCUUGUCGCCCGUUACGUUCAGAACCUUCCGGUGACACUGCUUGAACUCGACACGCUUGCUGUAGCUGCCCUGAUCGGCAUUGCCUACUGCUUUUGGUGGAAGAAACCUAAGGAUGUAGGACGUCCUCACCUGUCUAUUGGAAAGCCAUUGGCCCUCCGCCAAGCAAAUUAUACUAUGACAAAAUACAUGCAACGUCCACCACCCCUGGGCUUGGAGGUUGGAUUUGGUGCUUCUACAUCCAUAAUCCUAUUACCAAUAUUAUGGGCGGUGGUCCAUGCAAUUCCCCCCAUGCUGUCCAUUCACGUCGGGUUCCGUCUGUAGGUGGCUAUGAUUCGAGCAGUGUCGGCCGUUGUGGAUACAUUUUACUUUCCUUUGGCUGUUUCACUGGGGCAGUGUUUGGAGGAAUACAUUGUCUAGGCUGGGAUGUUCUGCUUCAGGGGCGUGCAAUAUGGCGUGUGGCUUC